CACCCACCUGGGCCCCAGGUCUCCAGCCACCCCGCUCUUCCUGUUCUCAGCUUCCGUCCUCUCUGCUUCCUUACAGCACCCCCACCUGCCAGAGCUGAUCCUCCCUAGGCCCUGCCUAACCUUGAGUUGGCCCCCAAUCCCUCUGGCUGCAGAAGUCCCCUUACCCCCAAUGAGAGGAGGGGCAGGACCAGAUCUUUUGAGAGCUGAGGGUUGAGGGCAUUGAGCCAACACACAGACUUGUCGCCUCUGUCCCCGAAGACACCUGCACCCUCCAUGCGGAGCCAAGAUGGGGAAUGGAACUGAGGAAGAUUAUAACUUUGUCUUCAAGGUGGUGCUGAUCGGCGAAUCAGGUGUGGGGAAGACCAAUCUACUCUCCCGAUUCACGCGCAAUGAGUUCAGCCACGACAGCCGCACCACCAUCGGGGUUGAGUUCUCCACCCGCACUGUGAUGUUGGGCACCGCUGCUGUCAAGGCUCAGAUCUGGGACACAGCUGGCCUGGAGCGGUACCGAGCCAUCACCUCGGCGUACUAUCGUGGUGCAGUGGGGGCCCUCCUGGUGUUUGACCUAACCAAGCACCAGACCUAUGCUGUGGUGGAGCGAUGGCUGAAGGAGCUCUAUGACCAUGCUGAAGCCACGAUCGUCGUCAUGCUCGUGGGUAACAAAAGUGACCUCAGCCAGGCCCGGGAAGUGCCCACUGAGGAGGCCCGAAUGUUCGCUGAAAACAAUGGACUGCUCUUCCUGGAGACCUCAGCCCUGGACUCUACCAAUGUUGAGCUAGCCUUUGAGACUGUCCUGAAAGAAAUCUUUGCGAAGGUGUCCAAGCAGAGACAGAACAGCAUCCGGACCAAUGCCAUCACUCUGGGCAGUGCCCAGGCUGGGCAGGAGCCUGGCCCUGGGGAGAAGAGGGCCUGUUGCAUCAGCCUCUGACCUUGGCCAGCACCACCUGCCCCCACUAGCUUUUUGGUGCCCCUUGUCCCCACUUCAGCCCCAGGACCUUUCCUUGCCCUUUGGUUCCAGAUAUCAGACUGUUCCCUGUUCACAGCACCCUCAGGGUCUUAAGGUCUUCAUGCCCUAUCACAAAUACCUCUUUUAUCUGUCCACCUCUCACAGACUAGGACCCUCAAAUAAAGCUGUUUUAUAUCAAUG